GCGGCGGAGCCGGCAGAAAUUGCACAAGGGCUGGCAGGCAGCAAGGCGAAGACAAAGAGCACGCGGAGGGGGCGGCGUGGAGUGGGGGGCGGCGCAGACGGCGAAUUAAACCGGAGUGGAGAGGCGGAGAGCCUUUCGCCUCGCGGGAUCGCCAAGAAGCGCAAAGGCGAGCCGUCGAGCGGGACGACGAAGCAGCGCGGGGCCGCUCAUGGGGAAAGGCGAGGAGCAAGGCGGGAUGUGCGGCGAGCGGGAGGAGCCGAGCCCCUCGUACACCUGGGAGGAGAUCCAGAAGCACAACGUGCACAAGGACAAGUGGCUGGUGAUCGAGCGGAAAGUGUACAACAUCACCCAAUGGGCCAAGCGACACCCGGGGGGGCUGCGCGUGAUCAGCCACUACGCCGGCGAAGAUGCCACGGAUGCAUUUAAGGCCUUUCACCCUGAUCCUGUGUUCGUGAGAAAGUUUCUUAAGCCAUUAUUGAUUGGAGAACUUGCCCCAGGAGAACCCAGCCAAGACAGAGGCCAGAACUCUCAAUUGGUGGAAGAUUUCCGUGCCCUGAGGAAGACAGCAGAAGACAUGAACUUAUUCCAAGCAGAUCCUGUGUUUUUUUCUCUUUACUUGGGUCAUAUCCUUGUGAUGGAGGCUCUGGCUUGGCUUAUGGUUUCAUACUGUGGUACUAACUGGAUUACAACCUUCCUCCUUGCCAUCAUCCUUGCAGUUUCCCAGGCCCAGGCUGGAUGGCUACAGCAUGACUUUGGACACCUCUCUGUGUUUAAGAAGUCUGCAUGGAACCACUUAGUUCAUAAGUUUGUGAUCGGUCACUUGAAGGGUGCCUCAGCAAACUGGUGGAAUCACCGUCACUUCCAGCACCAUGCGAAACCAAACAUCUUCAAGAAGGACCCAGAUGUGAACAUGGUACACCUCUUUGUCCUGGGAGACACACAGCCUGUCGAGUAUGGAAAGAAGAAGCUGAAAUACUUCCCAUAUAACCAUCAGCACGAAUACUUCUUUUUUGUUUUUCCACCUCUCCUCAUUCCAGUUUACUUCCAAAUGCAAAUCUUCAUGACCAUGUUCAGACACAAAUUCUGGGCGGACCUGGCCUGGGCCUUCAGUUACUACCUACGCUAUUUCACCAUAUAUAUCCCCUUCUAUGGAGUUCUGGGAUCCUUGUGUCUCCUCACCUUUGUCAGGUUCAUGGAAAGUCACUGGUUUGUAUGGGUCACACAGAUGAAUCACAUCCCAAUGGAAAUCGACAAUGACAAGCACAGAGAUUGGCUCAGUGCUCAGUUGGCAGCUACCUGCAACAUUGAACAAUCCUUUUUCAAUGACUGGUUCAGUGGACACCUGAACUUUCAAAUAGAGCACCACCUGUUUCCCACGAUGCCGCGCCACAACUACCACAAGAUAGCACCAUUGGUGAGGUCCCUCUGUGCCAAGUACAAUGUCCCUUAUGAAGAAAAACCUAUCAUGAAAGCAUUCUCAGACAUUGUUGGGUCCUUAAAGAAAUCUGGAGCACUCUGGUUGGAUGCCUACCUCCAUAAAUGAAGCUGGAUUUCAACAAAGGGGAAGGUGUUAGGCAAGGGGGGGGGCUGGGGGUGUUCACAUAUGUAUUCCUAUCAUCCAAUUUCAGUGUGUAUCUGUGUAUACACAGCUUGAAGGGAAUUUCCUGUAUUUUAAAAUUGAUGCUGGGGUGGGUUCAGGGGACCUAUUUAAAAUUGGAGAGGGUUUCAGACAGGUCAGUUAAUGUCCAUAGAAUCUGAAUGGGAAAUGCUGAUCUGAACACGUGAUAGCUGAGAAUUGGCCCAGUAGGUUGGGGGGGGGAGUAUUUUGUGACGGGAGGGUGAGUGAAGAAGCAAGUAGGGAGAGAUACUCUCCUGUUCCUCUUCCUGAGACUUACUACUUACUAUUAUUGCUGUCCCAGACUCUCAGGUACUUGAUCCAUCUACACAGAUUUUAUUUUUCAAAGCAGUCAAGCUUCUGCAGAUGUUUGAAUCGCAAAACAAUCAUGACUGGCUCUUUUUAAUAGACUUGGGUCCCAUUUCCCCUUAAUGAUGCUGAAACAAGAGGAGAGAAGGCAAGAUAAGUUAAUCUUUGUGAUAAUAUCCAUUAUUUGUGAAGUGCCUCUGAAUGCAAAACUCAUAUAAAAUACAGGCCUUGCAUCAUAGGCUUACAUAGAAUCUUAGCAUUGGAAGGGACAUUUGAGAUCUUCUCAUCUGACUCUUGUUAGCCUCCAGCUGAGACAAUAAAUGCCAGAAGCAUGGUUUUUUAAAAAUAAAAACAACAACAACCCAGUAACAAAAUAUUGUCACCAAUCUAAUGGAGAAUUACCGUAUAUUGGGGGGAUUCUCUGCUCUCAGCUUUUUCAAAAGGAGAUCUGAAAGGCCCAGGUCCAAGCAGCUAGGCCAGGUCUGUCUCCUUUGCUCAGAGCUGGUCCUUUCCAUGUACGCAUGAACAUGUAUGCAGACUUCUCUCUCUCUCCAGUUGCCACACUGUUUGAACAAAAUUCCAUAUACCAUACUUGUUUUGCCUUGACCUUUCUGCAGGCCACUUCCCAUUCUCUGCAAUGGGGCUGCAUAUAAACUGGUGUAGUUCCCAUUCGCCCUGGGUCAGCUAGCCUGAUCCAACUAGGGACCACGUGUGCAGGGAAGCAGGCUUUCCAAUGUGCGCUCCUCACCGGAUGGGGGUGGUGCACUUAAAUGGCUGCUGCAUGCAUGAUUCAACAGUCAGGUCUGCGCAUAUGCAGUUCCAGAGCAAAU